GGUCUCAUUCAUUGUUCUUGAUCCUUAUCGAGAAAAAAAAAUGCCUGUUUUUGGCUAUUUCAUCAUGACAUUUCAAGUGCCUGAUAUAUUAACCCUUUUCGCUUUUUCUGUUCUCAUGAUUGUGUUGCUAAAAAUAGUGUUGAAUCAUGAGAAAGCAAGCUCAAUUCCAAACAUGCCUCCAGGGCCAUGGAAGCUACCAAUCAUAGGAAACAUACAUCAGCUUCUUACUUCUGCACCACAUCAAAAGUUGAGAGACCUGGCAAAAAUUCACGGACCCUUGACGCGUCUGCAACUUGGAGAGGUGACAGUCAUCAUUGUUUCCUCACCCAAGUACGCUAAAGAGAUAAUGAAAACUCAUGAUGCUAUCUUUGCUUCAAGGCCCCACAGUGUAACUUCAGAUAUACUUUCCUAUCAAUCCACAGGUAUUGCUUCUGCACCUUAUGGAAAUUACUGGAAUGUUGUACGAAAGAUGUGCACAGUGGAGCUUUUGGGCAAGAACCGAGUCACUUCAUUUCAAUCAUUAAGAAAAGAAGAACUCACUAAUCUCAUCAAAAUGAUUGAUUCCAAGAAAGAAUCACCCGUCAACCUCACCGAAACAGUGCUCUCAUCGAUAUAUUCUAUCGUUUCAAGAGCUGCAUUUGGCAAUAAAUGCAAAGACCAACAAGAAUUCAUCUCACUGGUGAAAGAAGGACUUGCAGUGCUGGGUGAUUUAUUUCCUUCUGGUCGAUGGCUUCAACUUGUCACUGGUUUUAGGCCUAAGCUUGAGAGGUUACAUGAAAAAAUUGAUCGGAUUCUAGAAAACAUCAUCGUUGAACAUAAAGAGACAAAGUCAGAUGGGAAAGAAGGCGAAAGUGCAGAAAGUGAAGAUUUGGUAGAUAUUCUGUUAAAACUUCAGGAUGGUAAUGACAGAAACCAGAAUAUCUGUUUAACUGAUAACAAUAUCAAGGCUACAAUCCAGGAAAUAUUUAGUGCAGGAGGUGAACCAUCAGCCAUUACUAUAGAUUGGGCAAUGGCUGCGAUGGUAAAGGAUCCAAGAGUGAUGAAGAAGGCACAAGCUGAAGUGAGAAAGGUAAUGAAGAUGAAAGGAAGGGUUGAUGAGAGUUGCAUGAAUGAACUCAAAUAUUUGAAAGUGGUAGUGAAGGAGACCCUAAGAUUGCACCCUCCAGGUCCUCUUUUACUUCCAAGGGAAUGCGGAGAGACAUGUGAGAUUGAUGGGUAUCAUAUUCCAGCCAAAAGUAUGGUGAUUGUGAAUGCCUGGGCCAUUGGAAGAGAUCCAAACUAUUGGAGUGACCCAGAGAGGUUUUAUCCUGAGAGAUUCAUUGAUAGCUCAAUUGACUACAAAGGAUGUAAUUUUGAGUACAUUCCAUUUGGAGGUGGAAGAAGAAUAUGCCCAGGUAUCACAUUUGGUUUGGCAAAUGUUGAGAUGGCACUUGCGUUGUUGUUGUACCAUUUUGAUUGGAAGCUUCCCAAUGGAAUGAGAUGUGAGGAAUUGGAUAACACUGAGGAAUUUAGAGUGACUAUCAGAAGAAAAGAUGACUUGUUCUUGAUUCCUCUAUCUCCUCCUACUCUGGUUUCACAAAUUUGAACAACUCAAACUCCUUCCUACCGUACAGUAUGCUACUCUCUCCUAUUAAAUAAAAUAUAGAUUGAUUUAAAUUUUAAGUUUUUUUUUUA